GUACAAUGUAUGUGAGGGGUACGGGUGGCCUUGGUAAGAAUCAGCACAUGACCUUUGACGAGAGUGGUGACGAAGGGUCGGAUAAUGAGGAGGAUGAAGAUGCUGAUGAGGAGAGUGCUGCUGCUGCUAAGCAGGCCUUCAUAGAGUCGAUGAAGCAGAAG